GGAGAUUCAAAGUUGGCAGGAACGUGAGGCGGGCUUCCUGUAGCAGAAUGGAGGGUAAAGUUAUCGGGCCUGGUCCGUACAGGGCCACGAAGCUGUGGAAUGAAACCAUCAAGCUGUUCCGGGGGGGCAUGCCGCUGCGGAGGCACUGGGCGCACUUCCGCUGCUACGACUGCAGCUUCACCGGCGCCGAGGCCGUGGAUUACCUCCACGAGCUGCUCAGGCGCAACCACAACUUCGGGCCAGAGGUGACUCGCUACCAGACCCUGCAGCUGCUCAGGAAGUUCCUCAAGGCCCACGUCGUCGAGGACGUCAAGGGGCGCCACGGGACGGAGGACUUCGAGGACAGCGGCCAUCUGUAUCGGUUCCCCACGCUGUCGCCGCUCAAGUCCUUCCCGGCGAGGCCUCUGCUGAGAGACGGCGGCGAUCUGCCCAGACUCAUCCGCUGGGACGACUACGAGGAGCUGCCGCAGCAGGAGAACCUCGCGCCUCUGAAGUCGGCCGUCAUGUCUUCAGAUCUGUGGAAUAAAAGACACAGCGUCGCCAUCGGAGAUUUGCACGAAUGCAAGCUGAUCCGCAGGAAGGAGGUGACCUCCAAACAAUUGGACCACAUCUGGAAGUCCAUGACGAUCGCGCAUUUACAGAGCGCGCUGGGCCUGCAGACGCUGGACGGAGUCUUGAACCCGGCGCACGUGAACGGGAAGCACAUCGUUCACAACGUGUUCAGUGUGAACAAAACGGGCAUCGUCGUUCUGGAGAACAAAGCCGAGGACAUGCCGUACUGGGUGGUGUCGGCCAUGAAGUGCCUGGCUAACUGGCCGAACGGGAACGACAGCAAGCAGCCCGUGUACCCGGGCUUCGAGAGGGACGUUCUGAAAACGGUGGCCGACUACUUCCAGAGACUCAAAGAGCCUCUGCUGACCUUCCAUCUCUACGAAGUCUUUGUGAACAUUCUCAGUCUGCUGCCGGAGCAGGACGCGGCCACGGAGGCCCUGCAGCUCAGCUGUCUGCUGCUGCCGCCGCCCAACCGCAGACGCCUGCAGCUCCUCCUGCGCCUCAUGGCCCGCGUCUGCCACAACGUCCACCUCCCCCCGCUCAACGACGCCAUCGCCACGCGCACCCUGAUGGUGCAGAUGUUCUCGCCGUGCGUCCUGGGCUCGGCCGACGACAUGGACCUGGACGAGCUGCUGGCCACCAAGCUGGUGACCUUCAUGAUGGAGCACCACGGCAGCAUUUCCCAGGUUCCCGCCAAGCUGCGGCGCCAGGUGGAGGAGCACCUGUCCCACCUGAAGAGGGCGCAGAUCAAGUACGCGGGGACGGACUCGGACUUCAGCGCCUCUCCGGCCUUCUGUAAGCAGAUCCGCAGGGUGGAGUGCGAGGAGCAGAAGGUGAUCGGGACUCAGACGCCCCUGCAGCAGCUGCUGGAGGGGCUGAUCGCCGACAAGGAGCUUCCUGCCAAGGACAAGAGGAAACGACUGAAGCAGUUCCAGAAGUCCUACCCAGACGUCUACCACAGCCGGUUCCCCACCGAGGACAGCCGAGCCGCUGCCAUCCCCGAGAAAAGCUCUCGGCUCAAACCCCCCCUCAUGUUCUUCAGCCUGAAGAAACAGUUCCAGCCUUUUCAGAGGAGCUGGAGCUUCAGGGCGUAACGUCCCGCCGCCGCCGCUGACACGGCGACCCUUCAGCCUGGAAACAUUUCCAGUGCGUCUGCAACGUCGGUACUUAUUAACCACUACAGUUUGCAUUUUGAUCGGACUUCGUAGCACUAUUAACCUCAGGAGAUUAUGAAAAGGUCAAAUUCGCUCAAAUUUCAAUGAAAGAGCUGACUUUGUGGAAUUUUUCUCCUGUUUAUCGUGUUGCUAGAAAACUUGAAUCUCAAGAAAUUAUUCUUCCACUAACGUUAAAAAAAGCCACUGAUAUUUCUUUAUAUUUGGUACAGAAUAAUGUAUUUGUUGUUUUGAAGGCUGUCAAAAGUAGCCUCGAGGAAAUUUUAAAAGUAUUAACGGGUAAUUAUUAACAUUAGAGGAAGUUAAAUGUUAAUGAUCAAAACGCUAAAUGCUGAUAUAUCAAUUACUGUAUUAGAAAUGUUCCACUGUAUCGCUUGUUGUUAAUUGUCUUGAUCAAAAGAUGCAUUUCAUUUUAUAAGGAAUUAGUGAAAGGCAGCAUUAAUUCACUGUUGGAUUCACCUGCAGUGAACAUGUCAGAGAUUUGUCUUAAAAGGGAAACACUUGCUGGAUUUUGAUUGUAAAUGAUGUAUUGAUAAUUUGUCCUCAUCUCAGUUUGGUUACUGACAUUUCAGAGCCCAGGUCCUCAAACGACUCUCUUUCCUCUCGUGUUCCCACGAGGCCGAGGAGGUUAGCUGCUUUCCAUCUACUGAAAACACACUGAAUCUUUGGAAGUUCUGACAUUUUCCUUCCAAAACUGGUCAUGAAAUGUGAUCCAGUUUCACCAUGAACCACCACUACGCUUCAAAAAGAAGAACUUCAUUGAUUUUCAUAUAUAAAGCUUCAGUUCAGCUUGAACUGAUGUGAUGAAAGUGUUCACUCACUAGUCUUAACCAGCGAGAGAAAGUCUACCAGUAUUUAACUGAAGCCUUUACUUGACAAGUUCUCACUGACCUGCACUCGAUUCACACUCACUGCUUGUUUUUUAGUCUUAAUCUGUAUAUAUAUGAGCUGUUUUUAGAACGGUAGACGUAUCAACGUCUGGAUUUUCUGUGUAUUCUGUCUGUUUUCGCCUCAUUAUAAAACGCUCUGUUUUUAAGAGUGCUGCUGUUUUUUUUAAAGGAAUUUCCAUGAAUGCUGUUUAAACAAAUGCUGGAAUGACUGUUACACUUGAAUUGCUGCUCGAUGCUGGAACAAAA